AUGGACGGAGUUCAUAGUGGUUAUAAGGGCUUAUUUACGGCAAAGAUUUAUGGUAGAAAGUUCCUUCGACGACGAAUAAGGUAUUACUCGCACAGUUCUGCUUCGUUCAACCCAUGUAUAUUGGUUCUUGAAUUAAGUGGCGAUAUUCAUCCACAUCCAGGACCAGUAUCCAAUCCCAGACGUUCGGGUAAAGGUCGGCACACUUUAUUGGUCUUAACAAUCAAUGCUCGAAGUCUAAACAACAAACUUCGCGACUUUCAGUCAAUGGUGUACACGAGCGAUUGUGAUGUUGUUGUUGUGAGCGAGUCCUGGCUGACUCCCUCGGUGCUAAAUAAAGAAAUAUUACCGAAUGGCUAUGAUAUAUAUCGCUGUGACAGACAAGAUGGCAAAAGAGGCGGAGGGGUAUUAAUUGCAAUAAAAAAUGAGAUUGAAUCUAAACGACGCAAAGAGCUAGAAUCGAAUUGUGAAAUUGUGGUGUGUGAAAUACAUAUUUCCAAAGGUAUGAAGCUAAUUAUAUGCGGUUUCUAUAGACCUCCCUCGAGCAAAAAUGAAUAUUUAAUGAAUUUUGGUAAUUCCCUCGAGAAUAUUGUGAGAGACGGUACUCCUGUUAUAUUAUGUGGCGAUUUUAAUUUUCCUGAAAUUGAUUGGGAACUGCAAGUAGCACCUGGGUGUGACAACUUACCCAAUAUUUUCUGCGACAUGAUAAACGAUGCUUUUUUGAGUCAGAUGAAUUAUUCUCCGACAAGGGUUUCUGACUCAACAAGCAACAUUUUGGAUUUAGUUUUUACAAAUCUGCCGGAUCAGCUUUACGGUCUUUCAACAUUCGAUUGUCAACUGAAUACCGAUCAUCUUGGAAUUUCAUUUUUCCUUAAGACAACUGUGAAGCGAACAAAAUUUUCACGUUCUGUGUAUAAUUUUAAAAAGGCUGAUUUCGAUGGGUUGAGAGAAACUCUUGCGCACACACCAUUUGAAAUGCUACUCGACUGUGAUGAUAUCGACCAAUGUUGGGAAAAAUGGAAAGAUGUAUUUCUUACUACCGCUGAAAUGUUUAUCCCAAAAUGUAAGGUUAGAGAUGCAAAGGCACCAAAAUGGAUAGAUGGAGAUGUUAUCAAUCUCUCUAAGUGUAAGAACAGAAUGUGGAAAAAAGCUAAAAAAUCUAACUUAACAAGUGAUUGGGAAAAUUACAGAACUAUUCGUAAACAGCUAAAAACGUUGACUAAAAAGAAAUAUCGUGAACAUCUCGCAACUAUGCAGGAUGAGUUAAAGGAUAAUCCUAGUAAGUUUUGGUCAUUUUACAGAGCCACAACAAAAACAGCCAGGAUACCAAAAAUUGUUCAUCUCAGUGGGGAGAAAGCCUCAACGCCUUCUGCUAAAGCGGACAUGUUCAACAAAUUUUUUGCGUCCGUUUUUCAAAAAUCUGACCAUGGAGCAGAGAUAAAUCAUGAUGUGUUUCAUCCUCGAGUUGACGAAUUGCAUAAUUUACAUGUUACUGUUGAAGAUAUCUUGUCUGUUUUGAAGGCCAUUAAUCCUUCAAAAGCUAGUGGACCUGAUCAAAUUCCUGGACGGAUUUUAAAAGAAUGUGCAAAUGAGAUUGCCCCUUCACUUACACAAAUAAUAAAUCUUUCCCUUCGAAUAGGAAUGUUACCAAAGGAAUGGAAAUGGGCAAAUGUUGUGCCAGUUUUCAAAAAGGGUGAUGUUGAAAACGUGACAAAUUAUAGACCUAUCUCUUUGCUAAGUGUAGUGGAAAAAGUAGUGGAACGUUGUGUAUUUGAUAAGUUUUUCCCAUUCGUAGCCAGUCGUGUAUACCAUCUUCAACACGGAUUUAUGAAAGGCCGCUCUACGGUUACCCAACUACUUGAAAUUGUUCACCUUUUAACAAAAUCAAUUGAUGAAAAGGGACAAACGGAUAUUGCAUUCCUUGAUUUUUCAAAGGCUUUUGACUCUGUGUCUCAUUUGUCAAUGAUGGAUAAGCUAUACGCGGCGGGCAUCAGAGGCUCUUUGCUUAAAUGGUUUGGAAGUUACCUACAUGACAGGAAGCAGCGAGUAGUACUUGACGGCAAAUGUUCCGAAUGGCUUGAUGUCACCAGUGGGGUUCCACAAGGCUCUAUUUUGGGACCAGCUCUUUUUGUUCUGUUCAUUAAUGACAUGCCUGAUGUUAUUUCAGAAUCAGGAACGCUCGCAUUGUUUGCUGAUGAUGCGAAGUGUCUACGUACAAUCAAUUCAGACGCCGAUUGCGUGGCUUUACAAAGGGACUUGAAUAAUUUAACUACUUGGAGUGCAGAAUGGAAAUUACCAUUUAACAUUGACAAGUGUACCAUCUCUACAGUAACAACGAAACGCAACCCUGUUUCUUUUAUUUAUGAAAUAGCUAAUUGCGUUAUCAAGAGAGUAAACGAACAGAGAGAUCUUGGAGUCCAUAUAACUAGUAAUGCUACAUUUAAUGAACAUAUAUAUAUUCAGAUAAAUAAAGCGAACAAGAUGCUGGGCUUUAUUAGACGUACAGUUUCGAGGGAAAAGUGCUUAUUACCUACAAUGAAAUCACUGUACUGCGCACUGGUAAGGAGUAACUUAGAGUAUGCUUCUGAGGUUUGGAGCCCAAAAUCAAUCACAUUAAUUAAGAAAAUCGAAAGGGUUCAACGCCGAGCAACACGGAUCUUGUUGCCUGAAUUGGAAUAUGUGGAACGUCUCCAACAGUUUGAUGUUCCUCCUCUUUUACACCGUCGAGAGUUGAAGGAUUUAACCACCUUUUACAGGAUGAAACAAGGUUUAUAUAACUGUAAUGUUGACUCCUACGUUGAAUUCUGCUCAGACACAAGAUUACGAUCAACUGCCCAGGGGAAAUUGAAAACCCCUAAAUGCAGAACAGAACAUUUUAGGGCAACUUAUUUUAAUAGAAUAACGUAUUUAUGGAAUAAUCUCCCUGAACAAAUUCGAACUUUCAAUGGUAGUGUGGCCAUAUUUAAGCGUUCUUGUAGAGAGUAUUACAAAACUAUACCGUAUGAUCCUGACCGACCUCGCGUUACUUGGGAUCCAUGA